CACAUGACCCCCGACGGAGAUGGGGAGAACCGAAAACAGUCCUGUUACCAUGGUUACAGUUGAAGGUGACACAUUUUGUGGUGUGCAUGGGAGAGCGAGGGCCUUUGAGGGGAGUCCAAGUUCAACAAUCCGGUCAGAAUAACAGGAUCAUAGAGCAAAAGAGAAGAGCAGGGAGGAGCUUAAAGAAGCUGCAGCUUGUCACCCGACUGCCUCCCACUCGGGCUGGAUCGAAGAGAACAGGGAGGAGGUUAGGACCAUGACUCGGGACGACGUGUGGCGAGAGCGACUGCAGCGCUCUCAGAGGCAGCUGAAGGCCAAAGAGGACGAGAUGUGUCGCCAGUCCCGGUACUUUGACAACUUUAAAGCGCAACUCCAACACAAGGUGAGCCUGGCAAGGGACAGAGAGGAGAGUCUACAGAAGCGCGUUUACACGCUAGAGAAGCAGCUCCUGGAUGUGACCGUGAGCGCCGCCACCGAUGUGGCAACGUUAAGUGCGGUGAGAAUUACAGCCAAGAGGGAAACGCACUGGAAGGAGCAUGCGAGGCUACCUGGCGCUAGAGGAGAAGGUGAAGGAGAAGAGGAGGGAAAUCAAGGCAGGAGGCAGCUAAACGUAGGAGCCCAAGGAGACGGAGCACGUGAGGACAAAGAAAGGAACGUAGACAACAAUGUGAGGCUGCAAGGUUUCAUCGUGAACCUGCAGGAGGAUCUCAAGGUGCUGCUGGAGAGAGAGGGAAGCGGAGUGUCCGAGCGGCGGAGGCUAACGGAGCAGCUCCAGGAAGCUCAAGAGAGCCGUCAGUUGCUGUGCUGCAAGGUCGAGGAGAUGGAGGAGGAGAUACAACAGCUCAAGUUGUCUGAAAGCAUCCUUGUCAAGGAGAUCGGAGAGCUUCAGCGUGACAUUGGGAGUCAAACUAAACCAACUCCCAGUCACUUAACCAAUGGACAUCAUUCAGAAGAAAGCCCUGAAAAGGUGCUGAAAGAGAAAGAUGCAGUUCCAGUUGAUCAGCACCAGGCGGCAGCAGGGAGCACAAAGCUUGGCCAACCAGCUCCCAUCCUUAGUGCCAAACACGGAUCUCAGCGUUCAUCUAAAAUGUGCUCUUUUCCUCGCCUCCGUCUCCAGUCACUAGAUGACUGGGGCUCUACACGGGACUUCAACGUGGAGGAAAUGCCCAGCGAGGAAUCUGAUGCCCUGAGGGAGGCGUACAGGAGCUUGGGAUUCGGUGGGGACAUUGAGGGUCUCAAAGAGCAAUAUGAGCGUCUGGAGGCCACCCUGCAACACUCGAAGGAGCAGCUGCAGGUGAUGGCUCAGGAGAAUGAUCAACUGAAACUGCUACUGCGGAGUCAAGCCGAAGACAAGUUAAUGCAAAAGGUUAGCACAACAUCAGCCAUUGAUGGAGAUGAUGCUUGCCAGUCAUCGCCUGUCCAAGAUAACAUCACCGACAGCGAUCUUCUCCAGGCUCUAAAUCAGGAGAACCGUGCCCUGGCUGUCCGGAUCCAGGAGCUACUGGCUCACAUUGAGCUGAAUGAGGAAGACAUAAAGCGCGAGCGGUCUCAGCUGAGGGCGCGCGUUUUAUGUCUGGAGGAAGACAAAGCCAAGCUGGAGCAGGAGAGGGAAGAGCAAGGUUGCCUGGUCACAGAACUCACCAAGAAGACCGAAGAUGAUCUAAAUACUAUCUUGGAGCUGCAGCAGAAGCUAGAAGAAGAGAGGGCGGAAUGGAGUGAACAGAGGAACAUAAAGGGUGGAGGCCAGAAUCCAGCCACAGUUUCAGGGAGAUGUCACGAGAACAAACCAGCGGAAUGUUUAGUGCAGAGUGAGGACCAACUACCUCAAUUGACAUCAAGCCAACAAGUAGAUGAUAUGACCACAUUUUUAAAGCCUGUUUGCCAACAAGACCUACGGAGCCUAAGAGUAGAGCAGUCAGAGCUGACCUCCUCUGUGUUUUCACUCCGAAGACAAGAAGAAGAAGUCUCUCUGUCAGUCCGAACACAAACUGAAGAGAAACAGCACUUAACUCGGACAGUCUGGGCGCUGAAAGAGGAGAAAGACGGGCUCUGUCUCGCUUUACACGGUCUGAAGCAGGAGCGGGAGCAUCUAAUCAGGGAAGUCAGUGGGGUGAAGGACGAGAAAGCUCACCUGUUCAAAUCCGUAAGCGAGCUAAAAGAAGCGAAGCAGAAACUCAUAGAGUGUUUUCCGGCCCUUGAAAUAGAAAAGGAGAAACUGUUAGAAUCGCUCUUAAGUGGAAAAGAGGAGACGGAUCACAUUGGAGAGUCGGUACAUUUACAACAGUCAAGUCAGAGCGUUCUCACUUGGACACCGGAGACAUUGAAUCUGACCGAUUCCCUCAAGCGUCUGAACGAGUUGACAGAUCAGCCUCCACCGCUCUGUAAUUUGCAACAAGACCGUGACAGGCUGCUAAAGUCAAUUAGCACUUUGAAAGAUGAAAAGGACCGAAGUGAACAUUCAGUCAGGUGCUUAAAACUGGAGGAAGCGCAGACGAUGCAAUCACUCGAAGCUUCAAGAGAAGAAAGGAUUGAUCAACACAGUCCGACACAAGAGGAUGAAACCAACUACGGAGAGACUGGGCAGGAAAAUAGACAACAUGUGACAAGAAGCUUCAAUGGAAACACUGUGCAGGAGCAAAGUGACCUGGUGAGCGAGGUCAAAGUUUUGACAGAAGAACUCCAGAAGUCACAAGAAGAAUUGGCAAAAAGACACAAAGAGACUGCAGAUCUACACAGGCAGCUGAGUCAAUCGGAAGCCACCAGGCAGGAUGCAGAGAGGAUAGCAGCUCAAGCAGUUGACGAGGUGGAGAGACUGACCGAUUUAAUGGCGCAAACAGAAGACAUCAGCAUGGAGAAUGGCCACCUCACCACACAGGUUAAAGCGCUGCAGAGCAAAGUGGACGUCCUUGUCAGGGAAAAGGCCACCAUUCUGUCACUGAAGUCCGACAUUGAAGGUCAAUACAAUAUCCUCACGGCACAGCUGAAAGCCAAGACGGUGGCUCUCGAUGAGCUGAAUGCUGAGUAUAUCAACCUGAAAAAAGGGCGUGACAACGAAGACGACCUGAGCGCUCUCGUGUCCCUCCGAACACAUUACAACGACAUCCGAGCCAAGUACGACGCACUCCUAAAAGCGAAGAGCUCUGCAGAUAAGGAUAUAGUUCCAUUAAAGGCCAAGCUCUCCUCUCUGCUGCUGAAGUGUCAGGAGAGAAACAACUUAUUGGCGCAGACAACGAGAGCCCUGCGUGAGCACGGCCCCGUGGACGCCACGCUGACCGAGCGAGUUAAUCAACUGCUCACCGACGCGGUGCUGCUUCAGUACACCGCUGCAUUCACGCAUGCAGGUUUUACAAAGGACCAAGGACUGACAACAGGAUUUAUUUCCAAUUUUCAAAAGUACACUUGCUCCGCAGACCCCGGAAACCAGCAACAUCAAGAUGAUUUCCACACAGACCAGAAAAGAAAAGAAAACACCACAACUGUUGAUGCCGUGUGUGUACCAGCUGUUGUAAGAAAGAAAAUUGCCAUCUCACCUGUGCCAACCCUGCAAGAGGACAUCAAGGUGCCAUCAUCACCUGACCCAAAACCGAAAGAAGUUUUUAGUCCUGACACAACCCGGCUGCAGCCCUCUGAUGAUGAACCAGAAAAAACGUCUCCUCUGAACAAAAGACCGCCGUCAUCCCCGGUGUCAUCCAACGUGUCGGACUCGAGCAGGUCUCACCGAAGUCCUGCACCUCCUCUCUCAGUCAGCCCUGUCAGGAGGAGGCUGAGCAGUCCUGAGAAAAUCCUCAACCUGCACGAGCAACUGCAGCAGACCAUGUUGAGUGUCUCUCGGGCUUCUGUAAGAAGAGGGAGAGGAGAAGAGUCCAGAGGGAGUCUUUCAUUCUCAGCUCCCGCAUCCCCAAGUCCAUCCUCGCAGACAAAGCUACAGACCGCCUGUAUCACUGCGCCACCUGGUGGCCCUCUCCCAUUCUGCACAGCGUCAAGCCUGGCCAAGCCCCCUCUAGCACUGACAACCACACCUGUUGCUCGAAAAAAUCAGCCAACAGCGCUUUUUAACGCAGUCACAGCAAGAUGCACUAAUAAGCCCUUCACACCUCAUUUGUUGGCUAACCAUCACUUCAAAGCUCCUUCCUCGCUCUCUGCUAACGUGUUCCUUCGUAACGCUUCAUCAAGCAAAGUCAAAUCCAGCGCAGGCAGGGACACUAAUGUACCAACAUCCCCGAAACUGAAAAGUGCUGAUGCCGAACCCACAUCUCCAUUAACGACAGCAAUCUUUAAAGCUACUGACUUCACUGCCUCAGACACAAGUGCCCCAACUAAAGAGAAUGUCCACAAAGACGUCGAUGUCAGCAUGACAUCAAAGCCAGAUGGUGCUGCUUCUGCACGGGACAGCAUCGAAAUCACUACAUUCCACUUCCCUGAGAGACCACCCAUGUCUGCAACAAGGUCCCAUAGUGUUCCUGGCAAGAUGAGACCUUCAAGACCCAGAGCAGAAGCUCCAGCGGAGGUGCUCUCUGUGGAGGUCAUCAAACAGGUGGGUAACAGCAGCCUCCUUAUUGGCUGGGAGAGGCCUCCUCUGGACGAGCUAGGCUGCAGUCACGGCACAUUCGUGUAUGGAUACAGGGUGUUUGUGGAUGGGGACUUCUACAAGUCUGUCAUGAGUUCUGCGUGCACCAAGUGUGUACUGGAAAAUGUGGAUUUGACGGAACCAGUGGAGAUUGGUGUUCAAACACUUGGCUCUAAUGGGCUGAUUUCAAACAGUGUCCUUGGCUUUUACACGUCUCCAGGAUUAUGAAAGGCCGUGGUCCUAACUUCACACUGGACCAGCUCAGGUCACCUCGACAGUAACCUUGUCACAUGGUCAUGGCCGAGCAAACUAAAGACGGAGUAAAUACAGAGAUGUAAAAGCAGGUGAACAUUUGUCUUUUACACGAAGAUAUUUUGACGCCACGUGUUGGAUUCAACAUUUUGAAAUCCUCCCCAAAAAAGCUGUCCCUCCCUUGCAAAGAAGCCAAGAACUUGAUCAACUAAGACUUCAGGGUGAUGUUUACACUGUGGUCAACACAGACCGACAUCGUGUGUCUUACUAAUUCGCUGAAGAACUUCGGAUGCUUGUGAAAUCUUCAAAUACACAUAUGUUGGCACACAUUCUACUUUUUUUUACUCAGAAAGCCAAAUAUGAGAGACUAAAAUGAACUCCAAAGACUAUUUCCUGGAAGACAUGGAACACAAAAUCUAUUUCAGUCCAUACAUUUGCACACAAUCCUGUAUAAAAGAAGAGUUAGAUGUCAUGUUUGCACACUUACCUUUUUGAUUUGAAUACAAAUCCCAUAACCUGUUUGCCAUUUCUAGAAACUAAACGCGGUGCGGCAAAAGUAUUUUUCUAACAGUUGGUUCGAUUGUUUACUCCUCGCAGCUGUACAGAGAAUAAAUGCUUAUAUAUACAAAAUAGCAUUGCAAUGUGUCCAGUUGCAACUCUCCACUUUGACCACUGGGUGGCAGCCCUUUUUGCUCUGAGGGCUUUUGGCAUCACAGAUUUGGUGCUAUAUAGAGAAAGGAUGUUGAUCUCGCACAACAAAAGAAGCAGGAGCAAAGACCCAUGAAUCACCUGCUGUGUUGGACACUUUUGUUUUGCUCUUUGCUGACGCUCAGCAGAAAGUGCUGUGAUUGGCUUUGUUCGGCCAGGAAAGGUGCUUAGCUUACCUAAACUUAUACAAACGUCUUCUACCUCUGUGACCUUUGUCUUCUUUUGAUGCUGUUCUUCUUGCCUUCUGAUGUCACACAGUGGAUGAAGAUGAAAGCUCACGCCAACUAAAUCUAAUAGAACAAGACAAACCUAACGUUGCAAGUAUGGUAAAUCACUUCCAUGUGAUCCUUUUUUUAUGUGAUUGAUCGUUGCCAAUGGUUCGUCUGUCUGUCAGUUGGCAAAAUAAAACAAAGUUAUCAGCUGAUUUUCAUAAAACUGUUAGGAAAAAACAUCUGAGCUUGGGCCUGAUCCAGAUACUUUCUACAACGUCACCUUACAGAAUCAGAAGUACUUUGUUAAAGGGGAACAUUAUCACCAGACCUAUGUAAGCGUCAAUAUAU